GUAGAGUGUCCCUGUUCAAGCUGCAUAUGGCUAGAGGUGGAGGUAUAGUAUGAAUCUUUUGAGACUGUUCUGUUUGAAAACUUCAAGUGGAAGACAGUCCGUAUGAUCCAGAGCAGAUGGUUUGCAUGAAUUACGGAGAGUAUGCGAACCAGAAAGUUAGGAGCUUAGAAGCUGAGUAUCCAACGUUUCUGUACGCCAUGCCUAUGACAAAGACAAAAGUGUUAUUUGAGGAGACAUGUCUACCCUCAAAAGAUGUCAUCAUGCCCAUUGAUUUGCUAAAAACGAAGCUCAUGUUAAGAGUCGGUGGUUCCUUGCCAAAAGAAUCUCGCCUUUGGUGCUGCAGCUAGCAUGGUACAUCCAUCCCACAACAGGUA